AUGAUCUCAAAAGAAAAUACUUUUACAAUAGGAGGAAAUUAUCCAUUAAUUGAUCGUUCAUUUAGUACACCGACUGCAUUAGGGAAUUUACUUGAUGAUCCUUUAUCAAAUAAUCAUGAUUAUGAACAACAACAACAACACCGAUCAAUGAUGAUGAUGAAUGGAACAACAAAUUUACCACAAUGGUCAAUGCCACAAGUAAAUUUUGCAUCAACACCUAUUCUCAAUAUGUGUUCAGAUGAAAAAUUUCUUCAAUUUUUAAUGAGUAAAGAUUUUACAGCACGUUAUGCUGGUGAUGAUGAUCAAUAUGAAGAUGAUCAUUAUUUACAAGAAAGACAUCAAACUAUUCCUCCAACAUCUUUAAUAGAACAAAUGCAAUGUAUCACAAUUGAUAAUGAUGAUAGUCGAUUAAAAUUAGCUGCUGCAAAUGAACGUCGACAAGCUACUCGUCAUUUUGGUAAAGUUAGUCAAAAUAUGUGUUGGUGUGCACCAUUACCUGUUAAACCACGUGCUUAUUCAAUUAAUCCUCCUUCACUUUCAAAUAAAAUUUUUCUCGGUGGUAUUCCGCAUGAUCUUAAUGAACGUGAAUUAGCAACUCGUCUUAGUCAAUUUGGCCCUGUUCGUAUUGAAUGGCCAGCUGAAAAUAAUCGAACACGUCGUCGAACUAAUCAUGGCAAAUCUGGAUAUGCUUAUGCUAUAUUUGAUAAAGAAUCAUCUGUACAUGAAUUACUUUUAGCUUGUUGUCAACAACCACAACGUAAUUCUGAUGGUCGUUGUGAAUAUUAUCUUAAUCUUAAUAGUCAACGAUCGGCUUCAAAACGUAAAAGUAUUCAACUUAUACCAUGGUUUACGGAAGAUGCACAAUGGAUGUCAUCGAAUCGACAUGAUGCAGCAAUGUGUGAACUACUCAAAGAUGAUCCAUAUAAGACGACUGUCUUUGUUGGAGCUUUGCAUGGUAUGAUGACUGCAUACGCACUUGCUCGAAUUUUUUCGAAAUUAUUUGGUGAAGUUGAUUUUGCGGCUAUUGAUACUGAUCGUAAUAAAUAUCCGAUUGGUUCUGGUCGAGUCAUUUUUACUAGUAUUCACAGUUAUUUCAGUGCUAUGACGGCUAAUUAUGUAUUUAUUGAUUGUGAACGAUUUUCUAAAGUGAUUCAAUUAGAUCCUUAUUUGGUUGAUGCUCAAACAUGUAGUGGUGCAAAUGGCCAAUUAUGUACUCAAUUGGGUAAAUAUUUUUGUCGUUCACUUGCUUGUUGGAAAUAUUUUUGUGAUAAAUGUUGGACUAAAGCACAUACUGGUAUUAAUAGUCAGCAACCAUUAACUGAAGCACUUGCACAUAAACCUCUCAUGCGUAAUGCUAGUGUAUCCUGA